AUGAUCUUGACUCCAAUGCUGUUUGAAAACAGUCUGUUUCAGCACCAAGGAGUCUCAUUUAUGCUGGCAGAUAUGGCAGCAAAUCUAGAACUAGCGCGUUUGGUCACUUACCGUGCCGCGCAUGAUAUUGACAGCGGUGAACGUUCCUCCUAUUAUGCUUCAAUUGCAAAGUGCUUCGCCGCCGAUACAGCCAAUGUUGCGGCCAGCAAUGCUGUACAAAUUUUUGGAGUAGAGAAGUUGAUGCGCGAUGCAAAAAUUUAUCAAAUUUACGAAGGUACAAGUCAAAUACAACGCGUGGUUAUUUCGCGACAUUUGCUUCAAAAAGUUGCAAACACCGGAAGUGCUUCUUGAUG